UUUGGGGUGUAUAGUCCAAUACCUAUAACCUAGCGACGGAAGGGCGCGUUUAAGUUGAACACAUCCGCCCCAACCAGCUAACCAAGGCCGGCCGUACCCAACAUGGCAGCUUGCGCAGUAACACUAGGCCGUCAACUUAAGGGCAAAGCAGGACUCUACACAAUAACGAAGCAAUUACAAGAGAGCGUUUGGCUAGCAACAGCCCAGAACAAGGAGACUGUCGUUGUGAAGAGCGUUCGGCAUUUUCGCCUACAAAAUGAAAGGGACGUUCUUCUUCGUUUCCAAUCCCAGUCUCCGUACCUCCGUCCCCUUCUCGAUGAAAUUGAAGACCCUCCAGGACCACCGGCUCUCAUCCUAAGACACCUCGAUGACGAUCUUUUGCAUGCAUCAAACAGCAAGAAACUCUCACGACUCGAAGUCAAAUAUGUUGCAAAGAGGGUCUUGGAAGCGUUAGCAAUAUUGCAUGGGGAAGGUUACGUCCACACUGACAUCAAGCCUAGCAAUAUACUAGUGAACUAUCGACAUAGUGGAGCUCGGUUUGGCGAUGUUCAGCUUGCAGACUUUGAAAGCACCGUUCACAGGGACUCUCCUUAUGCUCGUCGUGGAGACUCGAUUGGAACGCCUAUCUUUAGGAGCCCUGAAGCACAUUUAUCAAUGAGAUGGGGUACUGAAACGGACAUUUGGUCCUUUGGCACAAUGCUCAUAAGCUUGAUGUACGGGGAAGGGUUUCACAUCUUUAAGCCCGAUGUUUCACCAGAUGACGACGAAUAUGAACUCAAGAUCCUCAUGAAGCAUCAUCGGUGCUUCGGGCCAUUUCCCACAUCAUAUGAGCAGAUCGCCGACCAGGACCGAAUCGCAGCCCUGUUGUGGAUAAUGCAAAAUAGUCCGACCGAGACACUUAGACCCUUCCAUCUCACAACAGCGCGAGAAAUUUGCCAAGAAGACAAGGAAUUUGUGCUCAGAAUUAUGAAACUCGACCCGAGAGAUCGACCAACGGCCAAGGCACUUUUGGAGGACAGUUGGUUUGAUCAGCUCUGAAGCAAUCUCUGACUAUUCCUACAAUAUGUAUUCCCAAUAUUGUGUUGUCAUAACGUAUGUGAUAAGGGAAACUUUCCCUGCACCAUUUUUUUUCAACACUACCUACUGAAAAGAAG